CGCCGCCGCCGCCACCUCGCCGCCGACCAGACGAGCCUUCCCCGCGCAACACGAGCGAGUUGAUGUCCAUCUCCCCUCCCGAAUCCACCAGAGGAUCCCAACCGCUCGCGCCGCGCCCUUCCAACCCUAGCCCCGGACCCCGCCAUGGCAACAGCGUACCGCGCCGCGGCCGCCGCUCCCCUACCCCUGCCGCGGGUCCCGUCUCGCCGCACUCCCCCGGCUCCGCGCCACGGGACGCCGGCGGGAGCGGGGCGAGCUCCGGCUCAAUGGUUCCAGCUACCAGAGAAUGUGUUGAUAGUUCCCAAAAGGUAGUUGGAUUUAGAAUCUCUGGAGAAGAGAAUUAUGAUUCAUAUACCCAAGAAGUUGGCAAUUUUUCUGAAUGCCACUCUUCCGAACAUGGGAGUUCCUGUUCAGCAGCCAGUAAUGGCACCUCAGGCCAGGCAACUCCUCAGAGACCUGAAUUGAUGGAAUCCCUGAAGAUUGAUCAAUCCACUACAAAUUCUAGUGGCAAUGGGACUCAGGUGACUGCUAGAAAAAAUCAGUCUGUGAAUGCCAAUCAUCUGCUGAAUUUCCACUAUGAUCCAAUUUCUCGUCCGCAGCCUAGAGGCCCCAAGACAUAUCCUUCAAGAAAACAGAGGAAGAUCAGACCAUACAACAAAGAUUUGUUCCUACAAGCAAAUUUUAAGUUUGUUGUGUUGGAUACUGGAAGUUAUCAGAUGGAAUUGAUGGAUCCAGAUAAGAUGCUCCCGUGGGAAGAUAUUGUUUGUGUAAGAUACUAUAGCCCUUGUGAGGUGCAAUGCCCUAUUUGCUUGGAGAGUCCGUUGUGCCCACAGAUAACAUCUUGUGGUCACAUAUAUUGCUUUCCAUGCAUUUUACGCUAUUUACUUAUGGGAAAAGAAGAUUGCAAAGGUGACAGCUGGAAGAAGUGCCCGCUGUGUUUCAUGAUGAUCUCAGCAAAGGAGUUGUAUACGAUCUAUAUUACUCAAGUUCAGCAUUUUCAUGUUGGUGACAAUGUGACAUUCUCACUUUUGAGCCGCUCAAAAAAUUCACUCACUCCUACUAAGAACCUCACUGAUGAAUGCCCUUCUAUAGAUGAAGAUGAUUGCAAUGCUUUCUCCAAGUUCAUUUUGACGUCCGAUGUGGAACUUUCUGUUAGAGAGGCAAAAUCAGAUCUUAUUAAUUGGUUGCAUAUGGCAGAUUUAGGUCUUGUGGAUGACUUGGAGAAACUUCCAUAUGUUUCUACUGCUUUGGAGCAGCUAGAAGAACGGAUGAAAUAUUGGAGCGAGUACAGAAAUUAUAGUGUCAGCCCACCCCUAAAAGAGAGCUGCUCUCCUGGGACCAGUUCCAAAUUAAGGAACCUAAAUAGUACCCGACCCUCACGCCAGAACAGUGAACACAAGCUAUCCCCUCUAUCUGAUGAAGACAUUAUUGCUGGUGUUUCAGAUAUAUCUAUUUCACCUGAAUCAAAUAAAAUCUUUAAUAAACGAAUGCCAUCUAAAAUAGAAGAGAGAUGCAUGGCUCCCAUAGAUUCAAAUGAGAAGGAUACUUAUAAUUUUUACCAGGUAUCUGAUGGCCAACACCUAAUUCUUCAUCCACUAAACAUGAAAUGCCUUAUAAACCAUUAUGGAAGUUCUGAUAUGCUCCCACCAAGAAUACAUGGAAAAAUCUUGGAGCUAGAAACUGUAACACAAUCUGAAACUACGAGGAAGCGCUAUCGUUAUCUAAGCCACUUCUCAUUGACAACGACAUUCCAGUUUUGUGAAAUUGACCUGGGUGAUAUGCUGCCUCCGAGCUCAUUAGCUCCAUUCAUGGAUGAGAUCAAGAAGCGAGGGAAACAGAGAAAGCAAACUGCCAAAAAGGAAGAACGUGAUAGAGUGAAAGCCGAAGUUGCUGCUGCUGCGCAGGCAUCUGCAAUGCGGUUUGAACAUUUGAACUUCUCCCACAGUAGUGGGCCACAUGGCGAUUUUAUGUUCUCUCUGGAUGACUUUGAAGCUCUUGGAAACAAUCCUGGACCGUCGACAAGUCCACCAGCCAGUGAAAGAAAGCUUUUCUCCGAUGUUACACGGCUUGGCUUCGCAUCUGCUCAAGACUCGCCUCCUCUAAGAGUUGAAACUGGGGUUUUGACUGGCAAAAGUGAAAGCACGGGGGAACAAGGGCCUGCCGCAACAUCCGCACUAUCCUUUGCCAGCAUCAUUUCUUCCACUAGAGCUGCAGACAACAGCCUGGACACGCACAAACCAAAUGGAGUCGGGAAGAAAGGCAAGAAACCCACCAAAGUGCUCCUGUCCACUGGCGGUGGCCGCCGGUACUGAAGGAAAAGAGUGACACCGGAAGCAGUUGGAUGUUUCCUACAAGCGAUGUGUAUAAUGCAUGAAUUGGACUUCACAAUCUGUAACACUCCAAGUAGCAGCCUUUUUUCCCCUUUGGUUUGAUCUAAAUCAUUCUGACUGUUUUGGAAAGUCUUUCUGUGUAUCUACAUCCUGACCCAUGCUUAUGCUUAAAGGUGACUACUCUGUCGCAAAAUGAGAAGAGCAAUGUAAAAUUUAAUAAAUAAUGAUGCCAAAGGAGGGUACACACUGUUUGCUCAUUGUACGUCUACGAUCUGAUGCCUGCUGUUUAAAACUUUAU